AUGAGUAGAUACGUCCUGGUUGUGCCUAGGGACUGUGGCGGCAAAUACAUUCGUGUGAUUAGCAGAUACCGAGUGGACAAAAACUUUGUUACAACAAUCAGGGAGUUCCUCAAGAGGUCGCACGACUUCAGUUACUUUCAGCUCUUUAGAACGGCCUUUGAGAUUGAUGUGAUAACGCAGGAGACGACAAACACGGUCAGCGUGUAUUCUGUGAAUAAUCGAGGGGUAGAGACGAGGCACUAUUGCGUCCAGAGAGAAAUGCGCGACAAUGUGGUCAUUGGGACCGUUAAAUUUGGGGACCACACUGUGGACGACCGGACUGAUGGGCUGGUCCGCAGGGAAGUCACCUGGGAGGGAGGACUCGACAAGCCGAGGAUUACCAUUUUUUCAAGAUACAAUGACGGAACCGAAGCCAAGUACCGGUACAUGUUUAUGAAUGAAAACUCCAAGCGGUUUUUUGUCUUUGAGGAAACCCGGGGACUCGUUAAUUUGUUUAAUUAG